AUGGCCGCGCGGGAAGUUGCCGCAGAUGACGAGAUGAGCCAAGAGAAGUCCCUGCUUUCGACCCAAGAAGACAACGAGAGCUCAAGCGACGAUGAGGCGGACAAGUUGCCUCUGAUCGACAUUGAAGAGAGAUGGACUAGCGUUGCAGUGGAUGCCUUGUGCGUGCUGGCGACUUGUAUCCCUCUGUUGAGUUUUCUCGCCGUCUGCUACUUGUUCUACAAUUAUUCAGCAUUCUUCAAAGACACCAGGAGGCGGCUGCUGAACAGUUCUAGCCCACACCCGAAGAAGGCCUGCUUGCUGUGGUUCUGGUUGCUGGAAGUCCUUCUCUGGCUGAUCUGCUUCUUGAAGUCCAUGUUUGAGGUAUCCACCUACACGAAGAUCUAUGCCAGAUUCCACGUACACAGCGAAGCUCAGGGGAAGAAUCCUAUGCGACAGGCUGUCGCAGAAGCUGUUGGAGCGGACCUGCUCUUCACGACCUGCUAUGUCGUUGUACCGCUGCUGCAGCGGGUUAUGAGGAUACAUAUGCUGCGCGUGGGCCACUGGAUUGAAGAUCACAAGAAAGACAGCCAAAAAGACUGGGUCGGAGCACCGGGAGACCGCGCCAACAAAAUUCUUGGUAACAUCAAGAGCAAGUUCCAAAAGCUCUUCCGAGAGGACGGUCAAACAAAAGAUGUCGGGGAUGGCUGCUUGGGCAGUGGUGGCAAUCUCAGCAAUGAUAUUGGCUUCUACCGCUCGGAUGGCUUUUUCGUGCCUUGGUACUCAAGAGGUUUGGUUGUGGUCUCCACACUCUGCGUUUGUGGUGGUCUGGCUUACCUACAGUGGACCCUGGGGCACAACAUGUACAGGCAUUUACAACUGGCCCCGGACCUCGUCGAAUCGGCGGAAAUUGCUUUCAACGGACUCUUUGGAGGACACAAUGAGACUGAUCAUCAGGAGCAUAUCAGGAAGUACAGGUACAAGCAGGACGAAGGUGAUGUGGAAUAUGAUCUCCGGUGGUACUGUAUGUUCCUCCUGCCCGGGAUUGUGUGCGUGGUGCAGGCGACGUUCUACUGGUUUAUCUUGGCCGCCACCUUCGUUGUGGCCACUACCAAUGUGAACCUCAACACCGAUCGCCUUUUGGUCUUCACGGCCCUCACAAAGGAGUCGAAGCUGGAGAUGUGGACGAAGAAGAACCGGGACAGAUUGCGAAAGAUCUUGGUCGAAAUCUUGGUCGAAAACCACCCGGAGUAUGUGAAGGAGUCGGACUCUAAGGAGGUCUCGGAGCUCUUCGAGGAUGUUUGGGACCAGAAACAGCUGGACCUGCAGGAGCCAGGCGAUGUGCAGGCAUGGUGGCUGAUGCGCCAGUACAUGCACAUCGACUUCAACGACGAAUCGGCCAGCAUGGACUUCUGCGGUAUCGCCGUGGUGGUGCUCAUGUUCAGCUUCGCUGUUGCUGGAUUCCUGGUGUGGAUCAACAAUGAGAUUGAUCAUGGCACGUUCGGGCUUUUCCUCCUCAUCUUUCUUCUGAACCUCUUCCUGAUUGGCAUUAUGAACGACGCCUUUACAGCUUGCAUCCAGCAGAACCUGCUCUUGGAGCGCGAUGCCCGGGUCCUCGUCGAUGCCACGCUGAGCACGUUGAUGAAGCCCGGGACCGACUCUGAGGCCGUCAAGAAGAAAGAAGAGGUUUCGUCGCUACACCAGGCCAUUCAGAGAAAGAUAGAAUUGUACGACGACAAGCAGCGGCUGUUUGGGAUCGAGGUCACUGCCAACUUGCGCAACUCUCUCCUGCUCUAUGCGGUCUCGACGGCCAGUGCGGCCGUGUGGAAGUUCAUUGCAGACCUGAGGGGCGACGUUGAUGAUGGCUGA